CUCGAUUUUUCGCCGUUCGCGCCGCCUCCCAGCUCCCCAGCUCUCUCCAUAUCAAAGGUCGAGGGUUGCCCAAAUCUCAUCACACAUCCUCUACGCCUGCGUUCCCCCUUCUCCCCUUCACAACUUAUCCUCAACUUCGGGUAUGCACAAGUUUCCUUCGCCAUCCUUUCCCGCGAUGGGACGAUCAGUCAGACUAAUCGUCUCAUCCUCGACGCUCCCUCUUCUCCCUGCUCCUGCUUCUUCAUCGUCGUCCCUAUCGAUGUUGAUCGCGGCUUCUCCCUUGCGAUGCAUGUCGACCUCUCGCCCGGCUCUCGCUUUCGGUCUCGCCCCCGGACGGUCGACGUAUGAAAAAUCGAAUCACUCGGACGGCAACAACAACUCGUACGAUCGACCGAAACGCUCUUAUGACCGGCCUAACCGCUCUUUCGACGAUCGGCGACCACCUCGACGGAACUACGAUGACGAUGGUAACGGCGAAACCUCUUCCUACUCGCGAUACGGCAACGACGAACGUCGGCUCGGUCGGAAUUACAAUAGCUACUCAAAACCUUCUUAUCAACAACAAGACAAAUCAAAGAUGUACGCUUCCCGAGGAUGUUACAACUGUGGAGACCGUGAGUAGAUGUGUUUUUUAGGGCUCUGGCGAUGUGGGACGGCACGGCAGCGAGGCGAUUUCGGUUCCGGGGAGCGAAGAAGAUCUUUCGGCAUGUCGCAUGGAGCGAAGCGGCAGAGUCGAGCUUUCGAGUUUGCGAGGCGCACGUUACGUGGAUGCGGAUGAUGAUGUGAGAGUCGAGUGGUCGCUUCGUCCCUCCCCUUUACCUUCCCCGGUGGAGAGGGACGAGAGCAGCGAGUGUGUGUGGAGAGAGCAGAGAGAGCUGAAAACGUGUUGCUGUAACCUUUCCUUGCCCUCUUUUUCUUGAUUAUAAAACCAUCGAAAUCCU